CAGCUGAGCUAAGAGGACAUUAGUCAAAGCAAACAAAUCAACAAGGAAAUGCAUGUUAGUGUUUCCAAAGAAGGAGGACAGCGACAUAUCUCAGUAUAAUGAUUUAUUUUAGUCAGUAUCUUAACUCGGCAUUAGAUUAAGACUGGAAAAAGAUAGGAAAUAAGGACUAAGUUUGCAGUGAAUUCAGUUUGUACCCGAUCUGUACUCUGAUGAUGAAUGGGGAGAUGCAACGAGGGAAUGGGCAGGGGGGUCCGGACUGUGCAGCUCCGCUUGGGAGCACCUUGGAAGAGACUCUACAACAAAUGAACAUUCUCAUCAAGGAGAACAACGACCUCAAAGAAGCUCUCAAGCACACCAACACAUCCAUGAAGGAGCGCUUUGAGGACCUUGCUUCUUGGAAGGAGAAACAGAAGGAGGAGCGUGAUUUUCUGGAGGAUAAACUACAAGAAGCCAAGGGACGUGUGGCAGCCCUCACCAAACGCAAUGAAGAGCAGAGAAAGAAAAUCCAGAUGUUUGAAGGGACUCAGGGUAUUCUUGCUCAUAGUCAGGAAGUGGAGCAGCUAAAGGCUAUGAUCACUCGCCUGCAGGCUGAGAAAUGUGACCUGGUGGCAAUGAACUCAGAGCUGCAGUUAAAACAACGAAGUGACUCACCUGAGGAUUCCUUUAUCGAAAUCAGGAUUGCACAGGAGGGAGAGUUGAAAUUGACUAAAGAUUUGCAAAAUAAACCUGCAGACCCCUCUGCUUCUUAUAUUCGGCAUAAGUGUUUUGAUGAAGCAAAUACCCGUUUGGAGUCUGAAGAAUUAACAGUUAGCCAGCUGCUUCAGUCCCUGCGACUGGAGACUCUGAAGGUGGAGAAGCUUGAAUUUGAACUCCGGGCUUUAAGAGAAAGAAUGUCGGAUCUAGAAAAAAGAAAAUUAAAUGUUGCUGAGAGUGGGACUCAGACAGAAGUGAUAGUUGAUGAGAAGCCCUCAUCAGUACCAAUGGAAGUGGAGGCUAUAACCACAUGUGAAAUUACUGCAGAGUCUCAACAUGAUGUCCCUGCUUCUGAGGUGGAGAAUUUAAAGUCACAGAUGAUGUCAUUGUUUGAAGACCUACAAGAGGCACAGUCCAAACUGGAUGAGGCUGAAGAGAUGAAGAAGAGCCUGCAAGCUAGGUGUCAUGAUUUGGAGCAAGAUCUUUCUACCCUUCGUGCGCAACUUGUCAAAAAGCAGGAGGUUCAGUAUCAGAAUGAAACACUGAAGCUUCAGGUGGACAGCCUGCAAUCAAUGUGUAAAAUGGAACAGAUAAAAACAGAGGAUGAAAAGAGAAAACUGAUCCAGUUACAGGAUGCAUAUGCCAAGCUGUUUGAAGAUUAUACAGCAGUGAUGAAAGCAAUGGAGGGAAUGAAGUCUAACCUGUCGAAAGAAGAAAUUAGUGAGAUGCAUGAUAGACUUAUUGCUGCUGAGGAAGCUCUGGCAGUGAAGCAGCAGAAGAUUGAUGAAAUGAAGCAGCAGAUGUUUAAGCAGGAGCAGGAGCUGGAGACUGUAUCUUUGUUCAAGGCUCAGGCUGACAUUUACUCUUCAGAUUUCUAUGCUGAGCGUGCAGCAAGAGAAAAGAUACACGAAGAAAAGGAGAGAAUUGUAGCACAACUGGAGUUUCUAAAGAAGCAGAACAGCAAACUGCAAGAGGAGAUGGAGUCUUUUGGAAGGCAAUCGCUGAGUGAGAUGCAGCGUCGCCAUGUUUCCAGAGGGGCAAGUCCACAGCAGAAUGCACAACAGCCGAAUGUGCAGGGAGGAGCAAGAGGUGCUGAAAAUCGAGACUGGCAACAGCAGAUGGAUGUUCCGGAGCGUGCAUGUCCUAAAUGUAAUGAAAUCCUGCCUGACAUCGACAGCCUCCAGAUACACGUCAUGGACUGCAUCAUAUAAAGAAAUUGCCACAAUAUAAUACCACCUAACUAAGCACUGGUUAAAGGAAUAAUUUCUAGACAUUUUUUUUUUUGAAUGCCCUUCUUAUCUUAAGUCACUAUACUUCAUAUAUAUGUUGAGCUAACAGAUGAUAUUUUUUUUCUUCACAAUUUGGUUGUAAGUUCUUAAUUUGUUUAUGUAUGUCUCCUUUCUACAGUACAAUGGAAAUGCAAGUAUAACUUAAUUGAUGAAAAGGAUAGUAUAGAGGUUCCAGACCCUUUAUUGGAAAGUAACUAAAUUGCCAGAAUUGCAUGUGAAGCUACUGUAGCCCUCCCAUAACUAUACUUUAUAAUGGAUAUGGUGUCAGUAUAAUUUUGAUUUCAUCCAGAAAUAAGUUAAACUGUAGUAUAACCUUAAAUUACAUUGUUACAAGUUGAUCUAUGAUGAUAUCUCUGGGAAUAAUCUUGCACAAAUUAGAUGAGACUGAGCAGUAUAUAAUGUUAUAUACAGCUGUGGUACUCCAGAAAACAUAAUUUUAAAUGGCUAUUAAUAGGUAUAAAACUAGUGCUGCUGUUUGCAGUAAUGUUAUGUAUGAAUUGUAAAAGUAUAAUUAUGCUAUAAUCAGUAAAGUGAACUAACCGGCUUUUGUAUUUGUUAACCUUGACGGGGGAGUGAAUACUGUAAACAUAUAAAUUGAAAACUGAAAGCAGACAAAGUUUAUAUAGAGAGCUAAUUGUGUUCAUUACAGGGAUUUUAUCACUGACAACAUAGACAGAAUUGUUAUUUUGUUUCCUUUUGUUAAUUAAUCCAAUAACAAAAUAAAAUAAUAUUUAUAAAG